ACAACAAGUUCUGGGAAAUGUUUCAGUUGUGGUUUGGUAAAAGUAACUCUGAUUGUAUAAGAGAAGGAAUGUUAUGUUCUGUUAAUUACUGAUGUCCCCUUUAAGGAUGGAGCAUCCUUGGUCAUGCGCAGUGUUGUUCUAUGUUAUUCUGGUACUAACUCGUUUGAGUACAUGUGAAGCUCCAGUUCAAUUACUUGUAUUCAGUCUUUCUUAUUAUAUAAAUAAAUACUAAGUGUUAAGACACUACAAAAGUGAAGGUUAAGUGUUGUAAUUGUGGGGGGGGAGUUAGUUUUAUUUUAAUGGUAGUACAGAAUUGGACACAUUUUUAGGUGGAUGCGUUACUUUUAUACGAAUAUGCAUGUCAAUAUGCUAGUGUAAUGGUUCAGUAGCAUUAGCUAGCACAACAGCCAGCUAAGGUAGCUAGCUAGAUUUGACAUCAAAGCAAACCUUAAUUCUGACAGAUGGAUACCUUUCCCUUCCCGAUAUGUUGUAAGAGGAUGCAUCAACACCCUGGAAAUAUGUUUGUGGUGCACUCGCGCAACACUUACUGAGUGAUAAAUGAGUGUAUCGUCUUCAAGAUUUAUAAGGUGAUGCAACAGGCGCAUCAUAGACAGUCCAGUACUUGCAGCAGAUGUACGCAGCCCAGCAGCAACACUUCAUGUUACAGACAGCAGCCCUCCAACAGCAGCAGCAACUAAGCAACGCUCAGUUCCAAAGUCUAGUCGCUGUGCAGCAGGUUACCAUAGUGGCAGGACGACAGAGCUACAAUCUGAGUGGGAACACUUCUUAGCAGACAGGUUCCACACAGACCACUGUAAACCUGGCCACACCUCUAGCAGCAGCCCAGCUAAUCAGCAGAGCCCAAAAUGUUAGCUCUGCCCCCACAUGUAUCCUCCAGCAGGCCAUGCUCCUGGGCAACGCCUCCAGUCCCGCCCUCACCACCAGCCAAGCUCAGAUGUAUCUGCGGGCUCAGAUGCUCAUCUUCACCCCAACUGCAGCUGUUGCCACUCUCCAAUCAGAGGCCUCCGUACAGUCCGCCAUCAACCAACAGUCUAAUAGUGCACAGGUGCAGAACAUUGCCAUCCGUAGCCAGCAGGAGGCUCCCUCCUCCUCCUCUCAGCUCCAGGGCCUGUAUCUCAAACAGAUGUCUGGAGAGGCCCAGCUCCACAUAAAGCUGAGUGCCCACCUGCAGGUAAGGGAGACGCUGAGCGGCUGAAUGCGCAACCAGGUGCAGGCUCGCUUCCAGUCAUGACCUCGGGGAAUGGGAACAAUGCGCCCACGGUGACCGGCAGCACCCCUCAUAAUGGCGAGAGCAAACCGCCCCAGGCAAUAGUGAAACCCCAGAUCCUCACCCACGUCAUUGAGGGAUUUGUGAUCCAGGAGGGAGCCGAGCCUUUCCCUGUGGAACGUCCGUUGUCGUUGCUGAUCGAGAACCUGAAGAAACACAAACAGCAAACACUUUCCGACUCAGAGAAAACGACCUCCUCCAACAGCACCACAGACUCUGAGAUGGAGGACUUAUCACACCAAGAGCUGAAGCCGCAGGAGGAGCCCACCCUGACGUGUGAGCUAUGUGGCAGAGUGGACUUUGCCUACAACUUCAAGAGAUCCAAGAGGUUCUGCUCCACAGUAUGUGCCAAACGGUAUAAUGUGGGCUGUACAAAGCGAAUGGGCCUCUUUCCAAAUCGACAAACCACCAUGGAGAAACUGAAGAAGCAAAGAAUGUUGGAUGGAAACCAACAGAACUCAAGUUCAGAAACCAAAAAACGGACUCCCACCACUGGCCAACAAACUGGGGGUGGAUCGUUGACUUCCAGCCACCCCUCUCACGGGGAGUCCAGCCAGUGUUCGGACAUGUCUAGCUACGAGGGUCCUCCUUCGCCCCCCCUGUCUGCUGCCAGCUUCGGUGCUCACAGGCCCCAGGUGGACAGAGGGCCCGAGCACAUGGAAGGCUGUGGACAAAACCUCACAAAGCACUUCCUGCCCAGCGAUCCAGCCAAGUGGAACGUGGAGGACGUCUACGGCUUCAUCUGCUCCCUGCCAGGUUGCCUGGCGAUAGCCGAGGAGUUCCGCUCCCAGGAGAUCGACGGCCAGUCCUUGCUGCUGCUUAAAGAGGACCACCUUAUGGGCACAAUGAACAUUAAACUGGGGCCCGCGCUCAAGAUCUUUGCCCAGAUCAGUGUGCUGAGAGACUCGUAGCCCCUCUCUGGAGUCGCUACACACUGUCUUUUUCUGCAAUGAUCUCUGUCCUCAACUCCGACCAUUCUCAAGCCUACUGCUGUUGCAGGUGCGUUCCAGGGUGGUGGCGGAUGGACGACGGUUUUGUCUCUGUCCCAUAAAAGAUGAUGGUCCACAGGAUAUUGACAGCACUAUUUAAUUUUAGAGCUUUGACUCUGGACUGUCUCCCAUGCCAUGCAGGAAUGGUUAGCUACUGUAUGAGUUGUACUGUGGAUGUUGUACU